GGGCGGGGCGGAGCGGUCUCGUCCCCCGCACACCUCCCGCAGCUACCGGCCCCCCGCCGCCACCAUGGAGAGCUUCGUGGACUUCACCAACCGCAGCCAGGGCCGCGACCAGAUUUUCCGAGCCACUCAGUACACAUGCAUGUUGCUUAGCUAUCUCAUAGAGCGUAAUGCUGGUAAAAAGAAGCUGGUAACGAAGCUCAAGCAGUUGGAAUCUAGCAUGAGCUCUGGCCGGAAAAUGUUCAGACUGGGCAACAUGGUACACGCCUUGGUAGCAGCCAGGAGAACUACACAGCUGCCAGAUGUGGUUCCUCGCUUCUGCCUCACAGCCUCCAACCUGACCCGGGCCCUCUACUUCAUCUGUGAUGCUGUCCUGUGGCUGAAAAGUGUUGGGCUCCAGCCUGAUGUUGAUAAGAUGAAGUGGAGAAAUUGGGCUACCAAGUGUUACUACGUUUCACUGCUGCUGAAUCUAGCCAGGGACUGGUACGAGAUCUCCUGGAGGCUGGAAGAAGCUGUGCAGGAGGAAAAGACAAAGGAGAAUUUAUUGUGGGACACAUACAGUCAGGAACUAAACGGUGUGAAAUGUGAUAGUUUGCAUGGUGUCUUCCAUCUGCUGUUUCAGAUCCUGAAAAAACAUCCUCCUUUGCUGCUGGACCUGAUGAAGAAUCUCUGUGAUCUGUCAGGCCCUUUGGAUACAUUAGGAAUCUACAAGACCAACCCAGGAGUGAUUGGGUUCUGUGGUGUACUCUCCUCACUGGUGGGGAUUCUCACAUUAGCAAGCCCACAUCUGAAGCUGAAACAGUGACAAAAAGAGCUCCAUAGUAUUCAGCAAGCCAGCAGCUUUGAUACUGAUAGGUUUUUAUCCUCCAUACAGCACUUUCAGAAUGAACAUGUCUCACAGUAACCUGAAGAUUAAUUUUGUCCUCUGAAUGAGUGAAUUCUACCCUUUUUCCUUCCCUGUAUCUUUGCCUGGUUCCAUGACACACUCCCUGAUGGAGUGGAGAUUGGAGAAGGCAGGGUGAUAUUUCACAAACAGGAACAGGGUUUGGAACAUGGCUGCUAGAUAAGGAAAUAUUGAUGUUCCUAUAUUUUAAUACAGGGUUGUGAAAUAGCUGCAUAGGCAACUCUACUAGGUAUAUGACUCAUAACUAAUUGUGUUUACACUGGAAAGCUGGAAUUCACCAAUCAAAGGUUCCUACUGAUUUUUUAUAGUGGGCUCAGGCAAGUUAGGAGCCAUGGUUGAAAUGGCCUGAAGUCAAGAAUGAGUGUUCUGAUGGGUUUGGGCUAAUGGAUCCUGUUACCUCUAGGCAUUCAUGCAGUGUGAUGGUAGCUGAAGAGUGGCAUGAUCUGUCCUUCCCAUGACCUCUGUAAUAUGCACUGGUGGCACUGGAUCUGUAGUCUCAUGAAUGCCAAAUUGUGUCCCAGGGAAUCAGCACUUCUUUUCCUUCAAUAAUGUUAUCCAAGGACCACUGGCCACUGAGUCUGACUUCUCCAGCAGUCCAUGGCUGAAGGCUUUGGUGAAGGACAGCAUGGGGGAGAAGCUUAUCUGGGUGCUGAUGAUGCUGUGAUUUGUAGGGAGCUGGGUUUCCAAAGCUCUGAGCCUGGAGCUUCUCACAAGCACUGAAUUUCCCGUUACACACUCACCUUAAGUCCCAAACCCCUGUGAUUCCAAGUGCAACAAUUUUCUAUUAAUCAUAUUGUGAUGAGGAGCUUGUUAUGCUCUUUUCACUUUAUGUGAAAAAUACCAGUUUAAUAGGGAGCUUUGGAACCUGCAGUUAAGGAGAGAAGCCUGGCUUAGUGUUCUCUGAGUCAGAAAAACUGCAAGGGUGUGUUUCUAGUUGUGUAAGCUCCCGGAGGGAAGGGAAUGGAGUUUAUUGUGGUACUGUGAGAAUCCCCUGUGAGAUAAAAAGCCUACUACUGGAUUUGGGCAUUCAUGGUUUAGAUUUCCUAUCUGAUUCUCCCUAUCUUCCCCUCUCAGGACCAUAAGAUUUCUUGUGUGUUCCCUCACUGGUUGAAUGGGUUCUACCAUUUGAAAAUGCCUUAUGUUUGCCCUGCAGCUUUGUCAUUGCCCAUCACUUACCUUACUGGGAGUGAUUGUCUGGCAGUGUGGUCUAGAGAAAUGCUGUAUCCAGCUGUCUAACAGGGCUUGCAAUCUCUGUUGCUCCUGACUUGGCAGAGUACCAGUUUUGACACCAUCUGGGAAAAAUUUGCACAUUAUAUAGGAGUUAAAAAUACCAUUUUUCUUCCUAAAAGUUAGGCCUGUGUGUUCUGCUACUUUCUGGACUCCUUGUUUAAUCUGCCAGGAGGGGUGAACAGAGAUUAACCUGGACCAAGGUGCUCUUAUUAUUUCUUAUGCUGUCUGAAAACAGAAAUUGAAAGGUGCUUGUCUCCUCUAUUAAAAGGCUGGGGAGUUGAGUAGGCAAGGUAAGGCAGUUCCCCAGUUUACUUAAGUUGUUGUGGUUGGAAUUACUUCCAGUUUGAAUCUGAAGUGUUAGCGUGCCAAUGAAGUGUUUGAAAAAUGAGACUACUGUACAGGAUAAUGUAGUGUGCUUGAAGACCAAAUGUGGCCUGCAGCUGCUCUUCUUUCUAAUAUGGAAAUGGAGACCAUUAAAAGUAGAGCAUACUGGGAGUUAAUUAUCAUGCAGCAUUACCUAUGAGAUAUGCUGUCUUCUAGGGCUUCCUCGCUUUUUUAACAAUGGAAUUAUUUUGUUUCUUUACUUCAUUUGUCUUUGAGCUCCAGGCAUUUGGGGCCCAUCCCUCCUUUGGUCAGGUUUAUCAUCUCUGUAAGUGUAGCAGUCUCUUUAAGGAAGAGCAGUCUUGAUGAUCUGUCAAGGAAGAUUUGGCCAUCUUUUCUCUACAGAAUUUCAUCCUCUUGGGGAAAAAGAAAACAAAACAAAACACCAAAACAAUGUCUUGAAUCCCUCUCAGGGGAGCCCUCAGAUACAAAAUACUGCUUUCACUCAUUUGAAAACUGAUUUAUCUUUUUCUCUCAUGUGUAAUAGGUAAAGGGAAAUGGAUUGACACAGUGCUAUGACCUCUAGCCAGCCACACCUUCCUGUGCCUGGCUAAGGGAGAAGAUUUUGUUUCCCUUGUGCCAGGCAAACACUGCAAAGCCAUGAGCCAGGCUUUGGUGAUUGUCCUGUAGAGACUGGCAUGGAUUAGCAAGUAGAGAACCUGGGAGAUGGGGCAGUGAAUUUCCAGCCUGGCUCAACCUUACCUUACCUUACCUUUCCUGUUCGGUAUGAUAUGGCCUGGAGCUUACAGGAGUAACUCUUUACUGAAUGUUGACCACUAACACAGGCCUUCUGCUCCCCAGCUGGAGACUGCAAUUUAAUGUAUCUUAACCUGAUGUGGCUGAAGCCAUAGAAUCAUAAUCAGAUGGAAAAAAUCCUUUUAGUGCCUUUUUUUCUUUUUUGUAUCUAACACAGCAGUUGGAACAAGGACAGCUGUUUGAGCACCAGCAAUAAACCGAGGAGUGUGA